UGGAUGAGUGAGUGAGUGUGGGAGGGGAGUGGGAGAGAGAGACGGUUGGCUAGGCUUUUUAAGGAGCGCUCAGGUUGGGGGUCUCGCGCCUAUGCGCGCGCAGGAAAUGGAGCGGCGAAAGGGAGAGAAGUAGAGACUUCCCUGGAAAAGGAAGCCAAGGAAAGCCCCGCGCGUUCUCGCGUGAGGUCCUGCGCGCAAGCGCGUUUGUGAUUUUCUCGCGACGAGCCAGCGAGCGAAGCUCAAGGAAAAGCCAGGGGGGUGGGGGGAGGGAGGUGUCGUCGCGAGGCUGACUGCCUGCUUCACUUGGUUGGCUGCGGCGGCGGCCACGUAGCCCUGCGGCGGCUGAGGGGAGGGCGCGCGACAGAGAGAGAGAGAGAGCGGCGGUGAAGGCAGCUGCGGAGGCUGAAGGGCCUAGGCCUGGUCCUCAGGAGGCGGCGGCGGAGGGGGGGACCUGCGCGAGGGGAGGGUAGGAAGGAAGGAGGGCCUUGGUCACCCUCCGCCUUCCCCCCUCCCCUCCUCAGGCAUGGACCGCGGUGCGGGUGAAGGAGGAGGAGGCGGCGGCGGCGAAGGAGGCGGUGGAGGAGGCGGCGAUGGCGGUGGAGCAGCGGCGGCGGCGGCACAGGAGGGUCCCGUCCUCGAAAAAAUGUUCAGCUGUUGGUUGGCAGCUUUCUUCCUGUGAAUUGCUGCUGACGUCCUCGUGCUGUAAAACCAGAGUUCCAUGAGCUACACGUGCUUUGGUGCUUUGCUCCCCAAAGGCAGUUGUGUGUUAGUUAUUUCUGACAAUUCGUCUUGUUCCAGAGGAGUUACUUCACUGGUUUUCUGGAAUACAAGGUGCUCAAUGAAUCGGGAGCCCCCAUGAAUGAAGCAGCCAGUUCUUGCCAGCAGAUGGCUAAAAACUGCACCACACAUGUAGCAGGGAUGGCGCAAGAGGACAGCCACCGGGGUCAGGUGCCAUCCACUUUCUAUCAUGGUGCCAGCCAGGAACUUGAUCUGUCCACCAAAGUGUACAAAAGGGAGUCUGGGAGUCCUUAUUCCGUAUUGGUGGACCCAAAAGCAAGUAAGCCACAUCUUCAUGAAAGAGAAGAACAGCCAUAUUUCAGGGAGGACAGAACUGUAGGAGAGGUCCGAGCCGUGAAAGAAGACAGGGAGAACUCUGACGACUUGCAGGAGGAGGAGGAGGAAGAAGAAGUGACUUACAAAAGGGAGCAGAUAAUAGUAGAGGUAAACCUUAACAACCAAACAUUAAAUGUAUCAAAAGGGGAGAAGGGGGUCCCCUCCCAGUCCAAAGAAACUGCUGUUCUUAAGACCAGCAGUGAGGAAGAGGAGGGUGACAGUGGGGAGGAAGAGGCCACUGAAGACAGUAAUGAUGAGGAGGAGAAUGAGAGGCAGAAGAAAAAAGAGCAAAGAGAGGAGAAAGAUAGUGUUGCACAAAGGAGGACAAGGAGAGCUGCAUCUGCUGCAGCCGCCACAACUUCCCCUACUUCCAGAACUACAAGGGGCCGUAGAAAAAGCGUUGAGCCCCCCAAGCGUAAGAAGAAAGCUGCAAAGGAGCCCAAGGCACCUGUGCAGAAAUCAAAGUGUGAAGAAAAGGAGACUUUGACCUGUGAGAAGUGCCCCAGGGUGUUUAACACACGCUGGUAUCUGGAGAAGCACAUGAACGUCACUCACAGGCGCAUGCAGAUCUGCGACAAGUGUGGGAAGAAAUUUGUUCUAGAAAGUGAGCUCUCCCUUCACCAGCAAACAGACUGUGAAAAAAACAUUCAGUGCGUUUCCUGUAAUAAAUCAUUCAAGAAGCUAUGGUCCCUCCAUGAGCAUAUCAAGAUUGUCCACGGAUAUGCAGAGAAAAAAUUCUCCUGUGAGAUUUGCGAAAAGAAGUUCUACACUAUGGCUCACGUGCGAAAGCACAUGGUUGCACAUACCAAGGAUAUGCCAUUUACAUGUGAAACCUGUGGAAAAUCCUUCAAACGCAGUAUGUCACUCAAGGUUCAUUCCCUACAGCAUUCUGGAGAAAAGCCUUUUCGAUGUGAGAACUGUGACGAAAGGUUUCAGUACAAGUACCAGCUCCGUUCCCAUAUGAGCAUCCAUAUUGGACACAAGCAGUUUAUGUGCCAGUGGUGUGGUAAAGACUUCAACAUGAAGCAGUACUUCGAUGAGCACAUGAAAACACACACUGGAGAGAAGCCUUUUAUCUGUGAAAUCUGUGGCAAAAGUUUCACCAGUCGUCCCAACAUGAAGAGACACCGCAGAACUCACACAGGGGAGAAGCCAUAUCCGUGUGAUGUGUGUGGCCAGCGAUUCCGCUUUUCGAACAUGCUUAAGGCGCACAAGGAGAAGUGUUUCCGCGUCACCAGUCCGGUUAAUGUACCACCUGCUGCCCAGAUCGCACUUGCCACAACCUCUCCUGUCACCACCGUACCUUCAGUUGUGAACACACCCAGUGCCCCUGCCCCUACUCCACCAAUAAAUAUGAACCCAGUAAGCACGCUUCCUCCCCGCCCCAUUGCCCAUCAAUAUUCUCAUUUGCACCUCCACCCCCAUCAUCCACACCACCUCGCUGUCCCCCCUGUCCCUCAUUUACCCCCACCUCCAGCUCUGUUCAAGAGUGAGCCUUUAAAUCAUAGGGGCCAAGGUGAGGACAGUUUUCUGCGACACCUAGCAGAAAAGAACAGUUCAGUACAGCACCACUAACUGCUUUGUCUUCUGCCUGCCAUUCUCUUGUUCUUAUGCACCUGGAAGUGUGCCCCCUCUAAGAGAGUUUGUGGUGUAUCGCACAGCCCUCACGUAAAAGAUCUUUGAAUUAAUCUUGGCUGUUCAGCAAAGUGGUCAGCAAACCCAGGGGAACCGAUAGGACAGAAGCCCAUCUUGGCUUGCACGUUUUACUGUUGACUUUUAUAGAUUUCAAAAUGACUAAGACUUGUGGAAUUUUUUAUAAUUUCAUAUCAGCUGAUGAGGUAUGCUUGCUUUUAUAUCCUGGACUUUCUCCUCAAAGAGGGGAUGGGCCUGGUUUCCUUUGUACUAAUCAAAAAGACUGUGAGACUAAAUCCCAGAGCAUUAAUUAUCACUGUGUAUUGUUAAUUUCUUUUCAGCUUUGUGUGUGUGUGUGUGUGUGUGUGUGUGAGAGAGAGAGAGAGAGAGAGAGAGAGAGAGAGAAUGAAUAUGUGGCGUGCUGGUUAUGGAGUGAGCCAGCCACAUGAUUGCAGAAUAUCAAGCAUUAUAGCAAAAAGACAGUAAACAAAACUUAAUCUCAUUUGAGUAGUUCUCCUAACACACUCUUUAUUUUAAUACAGAAAAAUUAUUUUAGAGUUUUUGUAUAGAUCUAUUUAGUAGCCUGUUUCUAAAAUGAAAUGUAUUUCAAAUAAGCGGUGUAAUUUUUUUCAGUGUAGCUGGACCUAUGUUGUUAUAAUAGAUAAUUUUUUAUAAUCAUUCAAAUGUGAUUCUUUAAGGAAAAAAGAUGCAAAUAGCUUCUAUAGUAAAAAUUAUUCUUACAUCUGUUGUACUCUAAAAAGGUGCUUUGUGGGGGAGAGAAAGUAACACAAUAAGUCUCUGGUAAGGCUGCCUCAGAAGUGAAGAUGAUUUCAGAACUUUAUAUAACUUAUUUGUAGGGGGCGGGGGGGUUCUUAACCUUACAUUAUCUUUUUUCAGUGUUUGGGGAUUGCUAGAUAAAGACAUUAAACUACUGUAUUUCAAAAAAUGUGUUUUACUCUGCUCUGCUGGACUGAAGUGUGAAGUGUUCCAGAAAGGAUAUACUCUCUCAUGGGGAAAACUGAGAUAUGAAGCUGCAAGUCAGAGAAAUUCAACCAGAAGUGAGGAUUAAUGCGGGCAGUUUCAAGUUUGUAGGCAGUCAUUUCUUGGGCAUACAUUAUUACCUGGUUCAUUAUAUAAAUGUGUGUUUAAGCUAUGACUCCUAAUCUAAGAAUCACAUUUGAUGCUACUUGUUUGGUUUCCUCCCUUCCCCCCCAACCCCCGCCCCGGUGCGCAAAGGUUCUUGAGCUCAUUAGAAGAAAAGUGGGAACCACAAAUAUGGUGCUGUUUGGCUAGAUUUGUAAAACAUAAAUCUGAAUUGAGGAAUCUGGUAAGACAGUGAUUGUCAUGUUGGCUGUCAUGUUUACCACAGAGUACAUGCACAAAAUGAAGCUGUGUCAAGUAGAAGUAACAGAUGCAUAUUGUAUAGGGUACCUUUUUUCAGCUUUGACUUGAGGUUUUUCAGGUAACGAAUGAGAAACUUUUGAAUGUUAAACAAGUUGCUAGUUGUGUUUUCUCAAUUGCCAGUGGCACUAAAUUGUGGCAAAGUAAAUGCAAAGAGUCACAGUUCUCAUUUGGAUAUAGUUAACAGAAGUUGAAAUGCAGCACCAUUUAAUCAGCUGAAAUAGCUGUUGGCACCUUUAGGAGAAGGCACAGAGAUACCCUAAUGAUUAAUUUUUCCUAAGCUUUACUUCACCACUCAAACCAUAUUUUGUUGGUUCCCCACCUUUUUAGAAAAAUGAGGAUUUAGUUCUAAAUAGGUGAGGGAUAUUGCAUUAGAUAAAAUGGAAAGCCCUCACCAUUGCACCCCCAAGGUUGCUGAUAAUUGUAUUUUACCCUCUAAUUAUUAAGUUUGAUUUUGCAUAAAAAUAGUAUUAGGCCUUUUUUUUGGGUACCUAUUCAUAUUUGAACAAAAACUUCUUAAUCCCUUUUUCUGGGGGGAAAAAUCAAAGAUUUGAUAACAUCUAUCUGUUCCUUCUCUUUUGUAGGUAGUUAAAAGGUAAAGUUGUGUCAUCAAGUCGGUGUUGACUCCUGGUGACCACAAAGCUAGCUAUAAAAGUGAAUAAUUGAUACUUAACGGUUUGCCAUCUACUACCCUGGAUGGUUUUAUACAUUCCAUGUCAUGUUUGCAAACCCACAUUUCUGUGUAGUUAUGCCACAGGCCAACAGGGUGGUCUGUUAAUCUACUUUUAUACAUUUAAAGGCGGGGGGGAAACCACCAUGGUAAAUCGGUUGUAAUCCAAUUUUGCAACAAUGAGUUUUCUCAAUAAAUUUACAGUAUUUGGCUGCUAUUUAUGAAUCCUA